AUGCAGAAAAAGACGUCGGAGGAUUUCUCGGCGCCGUACACCAGCACGACAAUCAUGUCCCUCAUAGUGUCGAUUGAGUGCGCGGGCGUCAGCGCCGCCGUGGACCGGAGCCUCGCCGUGUGGAACCUUGGACUCGGCAUCAGGCUCUACUCCGUGCUCUACAUGGGCAUCGUCGGCUGGGGUGUCACGUUCGCGGUGAUGACGUGGUGCAUCCAGGCCCGCGGCCCGCUCUUCGUCUCCAUGUUCAACCCGGUGGUGCUCGUCGUCAUCGCCGUUCUCGGGUGGGCUGUCCUCGACGAGCAGCUCCAUGUCGGAAGUGCUAUUGGGUCGGCUCUCAUUGUUGGCGGGCUGUACAUGGUGUUGUGGGGCAAGGGGAGUGAGAUGAGCAGACCGGCGGCCCUAGUCGACGGCAAAAGUGAAGCGGAGAUCACCGCGAAGGGCCCGGAGCCGAAGAGUGACACCACCGAUUCCUUCUCCUUGCCAGUUUGA